CCAAAAGGUCAAAGGUCAGAUUCACUGUGACAUCGUAAUAUUCAGCCAAAACAUUUUUCUGGCCGUUAUUUAACGUUGUAACUCUGGAACAGAAGAGGAGACAUUUGGUCAGAUACUGAAUUGGUGACACUAAUCUCGGGUGCUCACCUUAAAACCGUGAUGAUUGUAUUGAUCAUCUUUGCUGCCGGGUUGAAGGUGUGUGUGAAGCAUCCAUAGUUUAAUGAUUGUCUACUGUCAUGGCUGUUUAUGAGACUGGACAGACAUGGAUGUAAGCCCUAACUGCAUCUUGACUGGUUUCUAGAGGCAUACGACAGUGACACUUUAAUCUAGGUUUUAGUAUUGAGCAGAAAUUUAAACACGUCAUAUUUUUUCAAAAUCGAGAAUCACAGGUUGACUGUUAUUUUCAUUCAGGGUGUAACAGCAAUACAUCUUCAUGCACAAAAUGGAUGAAUUUAUAUAAGUGUAGCCAUGAUCAGAGCUCACAGGAUUCUAGAGAAACGUGCUCAACUCAAAUCAACACCAUAAACACUCAGUUCUGUACGUUAAGACAGGAUUAAGUUUUAAGUUAAAAAAUGAUUCCGUUAACCCUCACUGCUGGUUGGUGUUGCAAAAAGUCAUCUCCCACUAAGAGAUGAGCACAUUCACUGUGUGGCUAUGCGUGUCAUGUCGCAGUCAGCUGUGUAAUCUGAUGGACAUGUAUUUGACUUUGAAGAUUUUGUUCAUUCCAGCAGCAGCAGAAUCCUUAACGGGUGUUUAAACCUUACAACAACAAUGCACAUGGUUGAAUAGCAAUGAAUGAACCAGUUCAGUCCUAAGAUGCUUAUCGUGUUCAGGUCUAACCUGUUAAGACUUUGGGAUCUGCAUUUAUAAGUUGAUGGUGAAAAUGACAGUGAGGGCAGUAAGUGCAGAACGACUCGGAUACAACGGAGAAAGUUACACAAUGCCAAAGCCAAAACCAGUUCCUUUGCCAAGGACACAGUUUUUCCCUUCAAACAAAACUGAGAACGACGAGCUGCCAAAAUGUAGCUCCGCUCCUCAGUCUCCCACGACAUCUUCACAGGAAGGUUUGGUCUGCCAAACUCCUCCACCAGUGUCACCAAAGAGGUGGACUGUCAAAAGGAGUUCAGGAGGAUAUGACUCUGUAAAUGGCACUCUGGAAAUAGUAAAGGUGGCUGCUGAACCACCAAGAUAUGCAAACUGUAAACCACAACCUCCUCUGCUGCCUCGGAAAUCUCCAAAAGAACAGCCUGAGGCUGCAUACAAAAUUCUGGAAGUUAACUCUUUGUCGGACCGGCAGAACGAACCGAUACCCUGGAAUUCUCUGUGCAAAGACCUUAAACUAAGAGGGGAGACAGAAACAAAGAUCAUCCAAGUUAAAGCCGAAAAUCUCUACAAGGCUAUCCAGCAUUACAUCUUCCUGCUGUCUGAACAUGGUGACAAACUAAAGGAACACACUGCUGAGCUGCUCUGCAUUGCUGACAACUUGGACAAGGUUUCAAAGGGGACCAAGAUUGCUGGCAUCACAGGAGGGGCCACAACUGCAGCGGGAGGUGUGGCAGCAGUUGCUGGGGUGAUUCUGUCUCCAUUCACAAUGGGAGCCUCACUGGCUCUAACUGCAGUCGGGGUUGGUGCGGCUGUGGCUGGCGGCGUCACCGGUGCAUCAGCAGCCAUCGCCAAUAAGGCAAAAGUCGAUCAGGGUAAGAAGAUAGUAGAGAAGACCUUCCAGGAGUACAAGCACCUCAUGAUGAUUAUUCAGGAUUCCUUGAAGUUCAUUAACGAGGGCAUGGAGCAGCUGAAGCAGCAUGAUCUGUCUGUUCUGAGUGAGGCCAGGAGGGGCUCAGUGAAAGUAGCCAAGAUUGUACAACUGGCCACGACAGGAGGAGCAAGUGCCAGGGCCAUAGAGGCUAACAGCAAGGCCUCUGGGCUGAUGGAAGGCUUUGCCCUCGGCAUUGAUCUCUACUUAUCCCAAGGAAAGAACAGUCAGAAGCAAAAGAAGGGCCUUAAGUCGGCACUUGCAAAGAAAAUCCGUACGCUAGCAGUGGAGCUCAAUAAGGGUUUGGAUGAGCUCAUGGACCUGUUCAGUGAGCAUUGUUCGGAGGAGUGAAGCGUUUCCAAAUUUUAUAAUUGAUACUUGAAAAAAAGAGGGAAUACAGUGCCUGGCAUCUAUUUAGCCAACUUCAAAGGUCAGAAUUUUAGAUGCUUCUCUGAUAUUUCUUUUUGUUUUGCUUUUAAUGUUAUAUCUGGACACAAUAUAUAAUUAUCUCUAUCUAUCUAUCUCUAUCCAUUUAAUUUGCAUUUUGUUUUAUAUGUUAAAUUUCCAGCUGAGUUUUUUUAAAUAGACUUUAAAGUGCCUUUGUGUAGGAAAUGUGCCACACAACUACACUUGCUUUACUUUGUUUUUACCUCUCCUGCUUUAAAUAUUUGGUAUUAUUGGUAUGUCACUUUGAAUGAUUGUUCUCUGAUAUAAAAAUUCAAACUGAUUUAAAGUAAAUGGUAGUCCUAU